CUUCGGCGUCCGUGGAGUGCAGGCGAAGUCCGCGGCGUGCGGCAAGCGCCAGAGUGUGUGUGUUGUGUACGACUCGCGUCCUGGCGGAGGACCGCACCGGAGGAGCAACGCGUCUCUUCGCUUAUCCCCGCCGCUAGAUUUCCGCCUUUGAAACCGCCGCAUCGCAAACCGCAGUGGUCAGUCCUGCCCCGUCAGCUGGAGGCAGGAUGCUGAAGCACGUGCAGCUGAGCCCGUUCCGGUCGCGCUCCGACACGCUGAGCCUCAGCUCGACCGCCAGCUACUCCAGCCUGGGCAGCCCGGAGCCGCUGCUCUCCAGCCGCUCCUCUUCCUACUCCAGCCUGAGCGAGGCCUCGCCCGCGACCACGAUCAAAGUGUACGCGCGCUGCCUGCGGCCGGACAUCGAGUACAAGACGCUGAGCAUCACGUUCCAGACGACGUGCCGCGAGGUGGUGACCGCGCUGCUCAACAAGUACCGCAUGCGCCACCGGGACCCCAACCUCUUCUACCUCACCAUGGAGGUGACGGUCCGCAAGGCCGGCGUCCGGACUGUCCUGGUGCUGGACGAGGAAGCUAGGCCAGCGGCGUUGCAGUCCUGCCACCCUCGCGGAGACUCCAGGUUCUGCUUGCAGACUCGUCGUGGAGGACUCGUGAAAGUCUACGACAGUGUGCUGAUGCCUGGGUCGCAGUACAAGAGCCUGCUGGUGUCGGAGCGCACGACGGCGGACGAGCUGCUGCAGAUGCUGCUCAACUGCUGCGGCUCGCAGGAGCGCGUCGAGCAGUUCUCGCUGUACGAGUCGUCGCGCGCCCAGGAGUACCAGCGCAAGCUGCACCCCGACGACUGCCCGCUGCGCGUGCAGCAGUGCUGGCCCCUCGACGGCGACCUCCACUUCAUUGUGCGCCGCAACGCCGAGUUCAGGCCGGCGCCGCAGUCCGCUCCCACCUCGCGCAAGAAAACCUGGACACCUGAGCUAUCAUCAAUACCAAGCUCUUCCAGACAACUGCAGCAGCAAUCACAGCUGAAUCUGACGUCAGUUGAAAACUCCAAACAUCACUCAAGUUCAUCCUAUUCAGACUAUGAAAACUAUUUUUAUAUCUGAAGACUGCAAUAAUUCAGCACUGUACAUGCACAUCUUAAAAUACGGUCCAUAGCUGACAUCUCUUCACAUGGAAACUAGGAACAACAUUUCAAAAAUCCCUUCAAGGAGAGCUGUAUUCAGUUAUAGCUGGAAGCAUAUGUUUGCCAAUGAACAAUAAAAUAAGUACUGCAUUUGAUAUUACCAGAAACUGGUGGUGAUUUCCUGUGUUUUGUAUCAUAUAGAUUUAUGAAGUCAAGUCCGCAGAAGUGAUUGAGUAUAAUAUAUUACUUUCAUGUAUUAUAAUGUUAUUCGUGGCAUCUACCAAAGCUGUGUAUCUUAGAUGAAUGCAGAUUUAUUGUUUUCAGUUAAGAAGUGUGAAUAUUUUUGUUUUUAUGUAUAUAAUUUAAUUUUAUAUCAUUUAGACUCCAAAGAUUAUUUUAUUAAUGUAAAACAAGUUUUGAUACAAAUUUGAUGUUCCCUAAAUUAAAAUAAAGUCUUUGAUAGUUUGAAUAUGUAUUAAAUCAAACAUAGCUAAAAGCAAAUGUGGAAACAUGUACUUCUCAACUAUGUUCAGUGAAGCAGUUAUUUGUAAUGUCAUGUUAAUACCCUAUGUUGUAGAGAGAAAAGUGUACUAUAGAAUUUCUCAAUUACCAUUGGAAUGAUCUCUGUUCAUACAAUAAAAUCAAUGUAGUGAUGAUUUAUUAAAAUAUUGAUCUAGCUAUUGACAUGCUUAAUGGUUUACACUUUGGCACAUUAUAUCCUACAGUAAUUUUUCAGACAAUGAAAUUACUUCUGUACAUCCUAAAACAAAAUUUCAUGCAGGGUAAGUUUUAGUAGAAAUACUUUAUUUCUUGUGAUAGAUUUACAUUGUGUAAUGGCUCGUACAUGUAAUAUGUUAAGCUUUGUGUAUCUAGUUUAGAAUUUGUAACUACAGAAUUCUGAGAACAAAUUUCUUGCUUAAUUAUGAGAACAUAAAGGGAUCACACAUCUAUCUAAACUUUUUCCUGAAUAUGUAUGUGUUUAACUCUCAUACUCCUUAUGACAGAAAUCAUUAAACAUAGCAUUCUUAAUUUUAUCUGUCAACUGGAAAUUCUGAGAAACCUUUGCAUGCUAAAUAGGUAAACUUUGUAGUGAAGUGAUUAAUAAGAAACAAGUCAGGCUAUAAAUUUAGUUACCAAGUCAAAACUCAUGCUCUUUACAGAACAGUUAAUGAAGAACAAACUAGUGUUAAAGAAAUUGAUUGUGAUACUAUUGUAAAGGAAAAGAAUACAAAAUUUCUUCAGCUUGUUUAUGUUUUUGGUCUCCUUACCUUAUUAGACACAGCAGUGAAGAUACUCCUAUUAAGGUCUAAAAACAACUUUUGACUUAUUUAUGAUUUUUGACUCAAGCAAAUGACUUCUUACUCAUUUGCUACUGUAUUUUACAGAACUUUCUGUGGAAGGAAUACUUAAGAGUAUUUUUUGUCAGUAUGUAAAUUUCAGAAACAAACUUCACUGCAAGAACAAGGAAUCAAUAAAACAAUAACUACAAGCAAAUAAUAGCCAAGCACAUUGCAAAUAUGAAAGAUUGUGAUCACUGUCUCCCUGAUGAAAGUGAAUAAAAUAUUAUUGGUGAUGUAUUAAGUAAACGAACACUACGUCAUAAAACAUAAUUUAUAACUGAGAGCAUGAAGUGCAUUUCACCAGGUGCUUUAUGUGCUACAAGUGGCAACUGAAUUUAUAGUUUAUACCAAAGAUUUCAUUUUUGUGUAAUGUGUGUCUUACCAAAAUAAUCAGUGUAUGUAUCUUUUUUGUAAAGACCUUUGUAUAAAAUGAAUCAAUGAACUAUAUUAAAGAAACAUUGAAUAAAAUGCUG